CAAAGAGACUGGUCUGUAAUAUAAACUUCACUUGAGUUGUCAUUGGAAAUGGAUAUUAUUUUAGUCAGACGAUUCAUAAUUUUGACUAUAGCCACUUCAAUUUUGUUAAUAUCAAACAUCUUAUGUGUAGAUGAAUCCACGAUGACCAAUCUUCUCAGCAGAGAAAAUGUUGGUGAUGAAUAUUUUAAGCCUAGAGAAGAUCAAGAGAGAAUGCAGAGAAGCCUCGAUUUUGAAGGAUUAAGAGACUGGCCCCAAAACUCAGGGUUCGUGAAAUUGAACCCUGCAGCCAAUAGGGUGCCAAACUCUCUAAACAAUUUACCUUUGAGAUUUGGGAGAACCUUUCAAGGGGAAAGGAGCAUCAAGCCAUUCGUUAAUUUGCCUCUUCACUUUGGAAGACAUUUUGAGGGUGGAAUCCCAAAACGCCUUCCUAAUCUGCCACAGAGGUUCGGAAGGACAACUGCCAACAGUGUCUCUAAAGCUUUUUCCAAUUUGGCACAAAAAUUUGAAAAUCCGUUCCCUCCCUACCAAUUAAGAUACUCCACGACCAGCCAGCCUUGGACAUUUCAGAGGCCUCAACAACAGAACUUCAGGAACCAGGGCUUUGGCAAUUAUUUUGGACAGAAAUCAGGUGGUGGUCAACCACGUCAAGAUACCUUGGAAACGUGGCUCCAGAACCCUAACCUAAAAAUGGAGUGAAAGUCGUGACGUGGACAGGACGCUGCCUUUUGAAGAAAAUAGCCUUAGAGUGAUGAAAAGUAGUAGUUGUCGUGUAUUAGUUUGUGUCUCUGGCCGUGAACCAUCAACAAGAUUUUCAUGAAUACUCACUACCACUGAGGACCUGGAAGUUAUAAGGAGUACUUUUCAAGACUAGUUGUAAUAUAUUACCUGAAAUAAUUUGAGACCAAAUAAAAAAUCAU